AUGGCCACGCAGCACCUAUGGCGAGCCCAGCUGCGCUCAUACCCAGCCAACGGGCACACCGCGUUUCUCCCCCAGAUCCGUAAGGUCGUGCUCGAGUUCUGCCAGCACUAUCCAUCCUCAACCAACACCCGCACCUUCAUUUCAAACCACCUCGAACGCGUCGCACGCCAAAACCCUCACUAUCGACCCAUAGCACGCGGCUUUUAUGCGAACGGCCGUGACAAGGUCAUUCCACUUAACAAGCUGGAAGUGACCGGCAUCGAGAGAAAAGUCGAGCUGCUGAUGGACUCUUCCGGUGCAAAAAUCAGACCGCUAAAAGGAGCACGGACGGUGGAGAGUACCACCGAGUCUGCCAGGGGAGUGUGGAGUGGACUGCAUGUCGACACGCCAUUCACCAUAUAGUCGGACCUGUACGUAUCUAUAUAUCGCUGGCAUUCUUUCUAUACACUACACCCGUUCGGAACGACUUCGCUAAUGGACUCGACCCACCGGCCGAGCAGCCCGGAAGAGCGAAUUAAAAAUAAUGUGAAACCUGUGCCUCGUUGCACUAGUGUGUCUUGUCUUGUCACGAAACACGCCUUCGCCACCUUGCAAAUGCCCCGCCCAGCUUUUUGAGUAUCUUCAUCUUCCGUCCCUGGCUUCCAGCCCUCU